AUGAGCAAAGUUGGUGAAUCAACGGGUGGCAAAAAUUGUCGGGGAUGCAACGAACCGGAUGAGGCGGAUAGUCAAAUGGUCCAGUGCGACGGCUGCAGUCACUGGUACCAUUUUAGAUGCGCCGGUGUGGGAAACAGUAUUGCCGAUGAGAGCCGAACAUACAUAUGUGCCUUUUGUGCUGCAUCGCCCGCACAGUCCGAUGCCCCGUCGACUACAGCUAGUGCAAGGGAAGCCAAGUUGAGGCUCGAAAUGCAACGUUUAGAAGAAGAGAAGGAACUGCGAGCUAGACUACUGGCGGAAAAAGAAAAGCAGGAGAAAGACAUGCAGGAAAUGGCAAUGAGGAUGGAGAAGGAAAGGAGGGAGAAAGCUAUAGCCGAUCUGAUGGUCAUGGAAAAGGAAUUCCUCGAGAAAAAGUACAGAUUGCUGCAAGCUAGUUUGGAGGACGACGAAGAGGCGAAGAGCAUCAGAAGUCAUCGCAGUGUACGUCAGGGAGUGAGCAGAGUACAAGAGUGGAUGAACGCACAGCCCGCAAAGACCCUGAGCUCCAAUCCUGGGGGAAAGGCCCCCACUGGGCUCACGUCCAUGGCAACUAAUGAUGCAGAUCCACCAUCAGCACUGAUGUUCAACCCAGGCAGCCAACCAGCGACUACAGCGGGUGAAAUAUCGCUUGUUACUAACUAUAAGGGCCUGAUAUCACCAGUGAUAACGAUCCAGAGCUACCAGCGAGAGGAAAUAACAAUGCCUUCGAGGAGUGUACCGCCAGCGCCCUUAGAAGUUCAGCUGUCGCUGAUUUGUGGUUCUGAUUCAACAUUGGUAGAAAGCUCGAUCGUUGAACAACUUGGUAUAGUAGGUAAACCUACGCCGCUAUGCCUACAAUGGACAAGCGGAGUAAAACGCAUAGAAGAACAGUCACAGUGUGUUGAACUUUCUAUCUCAGGAUCGGGGUUAAAGAAACGAUUCACUUUGAACGAUGUGCACACAGUCAAAAGUUUGGACCUUCCUCGGCAGUCGUUGAGUUUCAACGAUUUGCAAAAAGAUUUUUCCCAUCUCCGUGGACUUCCAGUGAAAAGUUAUUACGACGCAUCUCCUGGUAUUCUAAUUGGCUUAGAUAAUACCAACGUAAAAACCACUUUGAAACUACGAGAAGGGAAAACUGACGGACCAGUUGCAGCAAAAACCCGUAUCGGUUGGGUGGUGUUCGGACGUAAUCGAGAGUCCAGAGAAGAGGUUGGUUCUCAUCGCGUUCUUCACGUAUGUAGUGGACACAGCGAUCACGGACUGCAUGAUCUAGUGAAGGAUUUCUUCCGUGUUGAAGGCACGGGGGUCUCUACACCGAAUGCUCUUGUGUCUACUGAAGAUCGGCGAGCAAAAGAAAUACUCGAGGCUACUACCUUCCGUACAGCCAGCGGGCGAUUCCAGACAGGGUUGUUGUGGAAAUACGACCAGGUGGAGUUUCCCGACAGUAGGCCAAUGGCAGAGCGGCGGCUACAUUGCUUAGAGAAACGGUUACAGAAAUCACCAGAACUAUAUUCCAACGUUAAGCAGCAAAUCGCUGCAUACCAACAGAAGGGCUACGCCCACAUAGCAACGGACAAGGAGCUGACAGAAACUGAUCCAAAGCGGGUAUGGUAUUUGCCCUUGGGUGUCGUCAUAAAUGCUAAGAAACCAGAGAAAGUACGUGUAGUGUGGGAUGCAGCCUCAGCAGUUAAAGGUGUAUCACUCAAUUCGGUCCUGUUGAAGGGGCCCGACCUACUCACGUCACUAACGGCUGUACUGAGUCGUUAUCGUCAAAAACAGGUGGCCAUCAGCGCAGAUAUAAGGGAAAUGUUCCACCAGGUGGAAAUCCGAUCGGAGGACCGACAAGCACAGCGGUUUCUAUGGCGAGACAGUCCGUCGCAGCCCAUGCAGGUGUUUGUCAUGGACGUGGCCACAUUUGGCUCCACCUGCUCUCCAUGUUCAUUGCAAUUUGUAAAGAACGUAAAUGCAGACGAUCACGCCAACGAAUUUCCCAAAGCAGCAGAAGCCGUAAAAAAGAACCACUACGUCGACGAUUACCUGGAUAGUGCCGACACCGUCGACGAAGCGGUACAACUGGCGAAUGAAGUGAGAGCAGUUCAUAAAAAAGGAGGAUUCGAAAUUCGACAUUGGCUUUCAAAUUCAAAGGAAGUUAUCCAAAGAAUCGGUGAACGCAGCGAGGCCACGAGUAAGCAAUUCGUUAUCGAUAAGUGCAGUGAGACAGAACGUGUGUUGGGAAUUACUUGGCUUCCGAAAGAAGAUGUUUUCUCGUUCUCUGUACAGCUGCGCGACAGCCUGCACCGUCUGGUUAUCGAAGACGUAGUUCCAACCAAACGGGAGGCUUUGAGUCUCGUAAUGAGCGUCUUCGAUCCACUUGGCUUAGUGGCGGUGAUUCUCGUUCAUGGAAAAGUAUUACUACAAGAUAUAUGGAGAACUGGUGUUGACUGGGAUGAACCCAUCCACCCAGAAACGUUUAUUCGGUGGAAAGCCUGGACGCAGAUGUUAUUGCGGCUCAAUGAUCUUAAUAUUUCCCGUUGCUAUUUCCCCGGCUAUGAAUUCGGAACAUACAACUCACUGGAGCUGCAUACAUUUGUUGAUGCCAGUGAAGUUGCCUAUGCAGCUUGCUCGUAUUUCCGAGUUGUCGAUGGAACCAUCGUUCGCUGUUGCCUAGUUUCGGCGAGAACCAAAGUAGCUCCUCUCAAACCUUUGUCUGUACCGCGGAACUUCAAGCGGCCAUUCUGGGAGCUCGUCUAA